GAUCUUUAGACUGUUUACAGCAGAUUAAACAAUACCACGAUGAGGCUUACCUGUAUAUUGAACAAGGACUCACAAUGGAUGAGCAAGGAAAUAAAGAGCAAACUAUUGUUUCAUACACAAAGGGUCUUAGCCUUAUAAAAAAAGCUCUAGACAUUGACGUUAACCAUAACACACUAACUGGCGACCAAUUAGAUAAAGCUAGUAGAUUACAAACCAAAAUGACCAAAACUCGUAUUCAGAUUCAGUCGAGAGUUGACGAUCUUCAGUGUGCUAGUAGAAGUAAUGUUGAGACUCCAAUGGAAAUACAGAGCCCGGCAUAUGAAUUUCCUCCAAGUUAUGAAGACUCUGUUUAUGACAGUAUCAUGAAUGAUGAGACAAGUAGUAAUAGUAGUGUCGACUCAUUUGUGGCAGAUGCAGAACAGCUAUUUUCAAUUGAAAAUGAGGUCCAAAUCUAUUAUAUAUCAGCUGAAGGAUAUGUUAGUGCACCAUCAUAUCCUUCCUCAUUGAAAAUAUGCAAAUUCAGAGGUCAAAAUGAGGCGUCCAGAGAAGACGGAAGACCCCCGGGAUUCCUAAAUGUUGGUGAAUGGGUGUAUCCAUUGAUUCCUGGGACAUCCCCUGUGUUACAGGCAGAGUAUGGAGCUUAUAUUUUCCCAGAUGUGCAGUCGGAUCAACCAGGAGCUGCUGUUGGUCUUAUGCUUCCACCAACCCUCUCACAAUCAGAGAGAUCAAGGUUUGAACAGAUCCUUGGUUCUUUAACUGAUAUGAGAACGACACCAUCAGCCCCUGUAGAAGGUGUCGCUCCCUCUGCCCCUGUAGAAGGUGUCACUCCCUCUGCGCCUGCCCAAGAGAGACCAGCGUCAAGGCAACCAGAGCCCAGAUCCCGAGUGGCACCAGAACGACCAGCCAGACCACCAACAAUCGCUUCUGCAGAUGCUAGUAGAUUACCACAGAGAAAAACUAGUACCAAGAUUGCGCAGGGGAUUGUCACAGCUUCUGAAUGGAUUUCAUGGGGUGUUGAGAAAACUGCAGAAAAAGGGGGUGAAAUCCUAAAGUUUGGCUCAGCUAAAUUGAAACAGCAUAUCAAGCCUGAUGAGUUGAAGAAAGAUGUUGACCCUAAUGUUAUCAAAGGUGUUGAGGUUGCCAGACAGGCCACUGGGGUUGCUGUUAAAGUGAGCGGCUUCCUUGUCAAGAAGGUAUCGCAAGCAGCAGGAUAUCUUGCCCGUCAGGCUGUUCCAGUUAUCAGACGGAAAGGUAGUGAGAUGGGCCUAAUAUCUGACAGCAAAAUGGACAAUAUACUAGAGGUGGCUUCUGGAGGCCUAAAAGGUUGGGGCACAGUGUACCUGAGUUUGGAGACAGCGGGAAAGUCAUUGCUACACAACAUCACAAAUGAAACAGUAGAUGUAGUACAACACAAGUAUGGGUCUGAUGUUGGUAAAGCCACAGAACAUGCCAUGCAUGCUACAGGAAACCUACUUGUAGCGGGACACAAUAUUAGCAGCCUUGGGCCUAAAGGAAUUGCUAAGCGUGCAGUAAAAGAAACAGGAAAAGCUGUGAUAAACAGUGGAGAGAUGGAAAAAGAGGAGACUGAGAAUAAAAAACCAAAGCAAAACUAGGAGAUUAGAAAAACAUAGAAGCAAACAGGGAGGCUUGUAACACCAUUUGAGGAGACACAAUUGAGAGAAUGUGUGCUGAAUUCAAUGCAAAUGUGCCAUCACACUUGAAACUACCUAAUCCAAAAUCUGAUGCAAUACUCUAAGGUAUAAAUCUCCAUUAUGUAAAAGUGAGUUAUACCUGAGGUCAGCAUUGACAGAAGUUGGAAACAAAAACUGUGCAACUAUGUUUUGAGGAAUCAACAGAAUGAAAUUAAUAACGUUCAAUGCAUAUUGUCACCAAUAACUAUAA